AUUCCUCCAGAUCUCCUCUCAGUUUUGGAUCCCUCCCUCGCUAGCUGCCAGGACGCUCCUAAAUCCCCAUCGAGGUCGAAUCAUGGCGGAAUCCAAGAGGCCGCGGCCUCCAUCACCGUCGCCGGCGGCCGGAUCCAAGGUUUUCGACGACAGCGAUCUCCUCUGGGAGAUCCUCAUGCGGCUCGACUUCCCCACCUGGCUCGUCCGCGCCGCCCUCGUCUGCAAGCGCUGGCUUACCCACGCCUCCGAUACCGCCUUCCUCAGCCGCUUCCAGGAGCGCCACCCACCCCGCCUCCUCGGCUUCUACGCCGAGAGCGCCUGCAAGGGGCUCCAGCAGUUCGUGCCUCUCCCGGGUCUGCCAGGGGAGCUCUCCGCUGUCGUCCGCCAACCCGCCAGCUUUGAUCUCACCACCGAGUGCUACUGGAAUACAUCAAUCGAGCACUGCCGAAAUGGCCGCCUCCUCCUCCGCCACACAGGCUAUCACAAAUCUAUAUACCAGGUGCGCAGCCCGCUGAACCUGUCAAGAGACGGGGCCGUCGUUGCAAGCUGCCCUAUGUCCAUCGCGGACGAGGAGCGCUAUUGCUCACAUAUGCUGCUCCCCAAUGGUGGCAACGACGGUCUGUCUGUCAACUUCGUGUGUAGCCAGCGGAAGGUCUUCGCCAAGGUACGAUUAUUUAGAGAUGGAGUCUGCCAUGAUACCCAAACAUCGGGCUCCAUAAUGCUCCCGGCACAUUGGAAAGUAUCCACCAUGAACCGUAGUUUGCUUCACGACGGCAACGGCAAGCUGUAUAUGUUGGGCACAACAGGGUACAUACUUGGCCUUGAAUUGGCGUCCACAACCUUAUUCUUCAUUGAGCUUCCAGAUGAUGUUCGAUAUCAGCGCCCCGAGACCCUUCAGCUCAGCCUCAAGAUAUCUCAGCAGGCACUUCAUUCCGGGGUUUAUCUCAUCACUCUGGUGAGGUUUAACAUCCACGUUUGGCUCCACUCCACAGAUGGCAACAAUACUGGUACUUGGGUUCUAGUUGAUACCAUUUGUUUACGUCAGGCGUUUGGCCAUCUUGUUCAAUCUGGUUGGGAAUCAGGGUCCUCGUGCAUUAGUCUGGCUGGGUCCGGGGACAAUGCUGAAUUUGUGUUCUUAGGUCUGGAUGCUGAGAUCUUUUGCAUGUAUAUUGAGAGCAGGAAAGUGGAGAAGGUGUAUGAGAUGGAAUAUAAGAAUGAUCAACUGUAUCGGAUUUAUCCUUUCAUGAUGGUCUGGCCACCCAUCUUCCCAGCAUUGGUCCAAAGACAUGAUCAAGAGCAAAUUUCUGAAAGUCUACCUCCAGGUGCUCUGCAUAGUGACUGAUGAGGUUAGGGUAUGUGAUGUGCUACCAUUGUCCAUUGUAAUGCUGCAACGCUAGCUUGAUGCGGAAGUUUAAGCUUUAUGUCAUUCUGCAAUUUUCUAGCUCUGUCUCAUGUAGUUAAGAAUUAUGAUAUAUUUUUGAAUUUAUGGUUUGUACUGUUUAAACCAGAAAUCAAUUAUCAGUAUCAUAACAUAA